GCAAAAAUUUUGGGGCAGCAAAUCCCAACAACCUCAUUCUCAUAUUCCUUGCAGCACAUGAAGCGCAAAUCAUCGCUGGAGUACAAACUGGCGAGAGCACGUCCGUUUAAUCAACAUUGCCGACACACGAUCUAAGAGUGAUUUUACCGUUUCUGGAUCGGGUCACCACCGCACUUACCUGCCUUUCGGGAGCCAAAACCGCGUCCGCCGUUUAGUGGCCUUCUCCCUCCCGCACUCGCUCGCUGGCUCUCAUAAGGCUGAGAGUGAAGAAAGGGUACCCUCUCUCAGAUCUCAGAUCUGGCGCUAAGACCUCCUAGAUCUCGCAUUCCGGCUCUCCAAUCCUGAGUGUAAGUGCUUGUAAUAUUGUCGGUGCAUAGACUGAUGGCGGCAAGGAGAGCAAUAAAUCCCUCUCGACGAUUGGCUGAUAGCGGAAGUGUUCCACUCGUCAGCUCACUACAUCAGAAGUCACGAACAUCUCCUUUACUAUCGAUUGGUUUGGUUCUCGUGGGCGCUUUUCUUCUCAUUGGUUACUCCUAUAGAGGCUCAGGUGGAUUUGUCAGCGACAAGGAAGCUAUAAGCAGGGGUGGAGGUGGUUCCUGUACAUUAGAAGUUCUACAAGCAAUUCCUAUUCUGAAGAAAGCAUAUGGAGAAAGUAUGCGUAAAGUUUUGCAUGUAGGCCCUGACACUUGUAAAGUGGUUUCUAAGUUGUUGAAAGAAGAUGGCGUUGAAGGCUGGGGUGUGGAACCUUAUGACUUGGAGGAUAUUGAUGCAAGCUGCAAGACCCUUGUGCGCAAAGGCUUUGUCCGUUUAGCUGAUAUCAAGUUUCCUCUACCAUACAGGCCAAAAUCAUUUUCCCUUGUCAUAGUGUCAGAUGCACUGGAUUACUUAUCUCCAAAGUAUCUUAACAAGACCCUUCCAGAUUUGGCAAGGGUAUCCUCAGAUGGUCUUGUUAUAUUUGCUGGCUAUCCAGGUCAGCAGAGAGCUAAGGUUUCUGAGCUGUCCAAAUUUGGAAGGCCGGCAAAAUUACGGAGUUCAUCUUGGUGGAUACGAUAUUUUGUUCAGAAUGGCUUAGAAGAGAAUGAAUCUGUCAUGAAGAAGUUUGAGCAGGCUGCAAGCAAGCGGUCAUACAAACCAAGCUGCCAAAUUUUCCACCUCAGCUCAUAGUAUUCAUUUUGGCAUACUUUCACAAAAAAUCAGAGCACAAUGAGGUCACUUUAAAACUCUUUUGUGUCAGGCAUUUUUCAUAUACUUCAGGUGGUUUGCUGCCUAUUAUCAUUUUGUGUUCUGAUUGUAAGAUUUUUGCUAUUAAUUGAUGGAAUUACUAUGAAAAUCUAUGAUUUAACCUGUUUUCCUGGUGCAUUAGUGUAAUUAAUGUUUGAAUUCCCUGUGAUGUGGUCGCAAGACUCAUCUCAGUCAUGUUUUGGUCUUGUUUUAAAA